AUAAAAUUAGUUGUCAAAUGGAAAUUUUAAAAACUUACGAUAUAAAAAUUGGAGAUUUACGACGUAUAUAUCAAGAUAAUUGUAAAGGGAAUAAAUCUUUAUUUGAAAAUGAAAUACGGAAAUUUUUUAUAACAAAAAUACAGGAAUUACCCAAUGACACUGUUGGGAUUGUCUCAUAUCUUAAUACCAUAUUGGUAGCUGUUGAAGAAGAUUUAUGUGCAACAUCUACUCCAUUUUUACUUCUUCAAGAUUCUUUAGAUCUUUUAUCAAAAGAUAAGUGCAAUUUAAUAUUCACUUACAUUGAAAAUAAUUUAAAUUUAUGGAAAAAAGAACCUAUGCAUACAGCUGGGAAAAAUUAUCUAUUGCGUAUGUGCAAUGGUUUACUUAAAAGGCUCUCUCCAUCACAAGACACAAUUUUGUGUGGUCGGAUUCAAAUAUUUUUAGCAAAAUUAUUUUUGAUCUCUGAUCGCUCAGGUCUUAAUUUAAAUGGACAAUUUAAUAUUGAUAAUGUAACAUUAUAUGAAAAUAAGGAAGAAUAUGAUCAAUUUAAAAAUAUUAGAUUAAGCAUUAUAGAUAAUUCUAAUAAAUACUCAAGUGUAAAUGAUGAGGAUCUAAAGAAAAAAAUUGAGGAUUAUAAUUUUUAUGAAAAAUUUUGGUCUAUACAAAAUGUGUUCAAAGAUCCUAUUCAAUGCUUUAUAAAUGACAAUUGGACUAAGUUUGUAGAAGACACAAAUGAAAUUUUAAAAGUAUUUUCUACAAUAAAUUCAUAUCAAGACAAAAAUAACUCUAAUAUAACAUCCCCUAUAAAAAACAAACCAAAUAUUAUUUCUAAUCAAAAUAAUAAAAUUAUAAAUGAGCGAAAUUCAAAAAAUAUAAAAGAUGACUUAUACGACAUAUUAAACCACUUUACUUCAAUAAAUAAUCACAAAUAUGAUGUUGGGAAAACUUUUAAAGAAAUUUAUUUUGCCAAAUAUUUAACAGGAUCAAAUUUACUUAAUAUGCAGUUAGAAGACACACAUUUUAGAAGAUGCAUAUUACUGCAAUACCUAUUCAUAUUCCAAUUCCUUACCAUAGAAUCAAGAUUUAAAACCAAUUUACAGACUCUUGAUGAAAAUAAGAAAAAAUGGAUUAGCAAUACAGAGAAAGAUAUUUUAAAUAUACUUGAAGAUGAUCAUUGCACAUCCAAAUUAAAAUUGAAAGUACAAGAUAUUUUGAAAUAUGAAGAAUUUUGGAAUGAUUGGAAAAACAAUGGGUGUCCAAAUUUUACUAAAAUUCCUCCAAAAUUAGAGAUGACUGAGGAUGUUACCAAAAAAUCUAUAGAAAGUACUGAAUCUCCCCCAAGCAAAAAACUCAAACGAAGAUACAAAAAAUUAUAUUUAGAUUUAGGAAACCCAGAAUUGAAUGCUUUAUGGAAUUACGAGCCUGAUAACAUCAAAGCUUGUGCUUCUAAAAACAGAAUAUUCAAACCUUCCCUGCAACAAUUCAUGGCCCAAAACUCCUCAGUUGAUAGACUAUCAAACAAUCCCACUGAUACGGAUAUGGAUAGUUCGGGUGAUUACUUACAUUUAGCCAAAGCUAACAAUCAAUUUUCCGAUCAGACAACGAGGGAAUGGAAAACCUUGAGGCUAAUGAGUAGGGAAUGUAGACAUUUCUUCUUGCCCUACUUCCAAGGCAGUUCGCAUCACCACAAUGCCAAUAAUAGUCAGGGACCUAACACUGCUAACGUAACUGGUUCUUCAGCUGCUAAUAGUACCAAUAGUGCAAAGACAACUGAUAUUUCUAAUAAAGUAGUAUCGGAUUUCAUUGAUAAGGUUUCCAAUAAGAUUAAACUUGAGGCCAAUAAAAAUAAAGCCACUUCAAUGAUUACCCAAAACAUUACCACACCAAUUUUAAAAGAUGAUUUCAAAGCUUCAAACAUAGCCAAGCAAGCCAGUAAAGUGGACACGGUAGGGGAAGGGAAGGAGGGAAACAAUCUUAUAAAAGAAAUUGGUACAGAUCAAGUCAUGGGGCAACCUGAUGAUAAUAUUGAUAAAACCACUUCAAAUCACAAUGGUAUCAUGGAAAAAAAAAAAGCUCCAGAGUCAGAUCGCGAUAUGCAUUCUCCUAACCAUAGUUUAUCGAAGAGGAUAAAAAUUGAAAAUGAUGAUACAAAUAGCAAUUCAAUUAAAAAAACCUAAUAUUAUAAUAUAUAUUAUUAAUAUGCCUUAUUAUAUAUAUAAAAUCAGUUGGAUAAAUUUGUUGAAUUUGAAUAAUUAUUAUAAAUGCUUUCGAAAUGGAUAUAGGUUUAAAGUUUUACUUAUUCAUUUACUUUGUGAACCUUACAUAGCACAAAUUUUCUGGCAUUUACGGUACUGAUUUUUACUGGCUCAUAUUACAUUACUUUUUCUUUUGCCGAAGGCCAGGCAAAAGAGGACUGAAGGCCGGUAAAUGGGUGUUUGGAUGUGUAGUCAGUCCUUCAUUUGCAUAAAUGUAAUAAAAGAUUUCAUCAGUUUUCUUUAUGAAUUUAAAAUACUACAAUAUUUAUAAGAAAGGGGUAAGUGGAGCUAGACUAAUUUAAAAGAAAUUUUAUAAAAAUUCUUCGUUUUUUAAAAAUUUUUUUUUGUUAUAGAAAAAUUUGAUAAAAUCAUAAAAUUCAGGGCGUUUACCUUCUGAUC